UUGGGCACACUUACGAUUGGAAGAUUCGACCGAUCGAUCGAUCAAUCCGGCCGACGGCGGCACAUGCGAGCGCGCCCAAAAGUCGCAGAAAUCCAGCGGAACCGCUGGCCUUGCUCCCUCCCUCCCCAAAUGAGGACAAGCGGCGGCGCCCUCCAUUCUCUUCCUUCGGAAUAAUCGGAGCACACAAUCUACUCCAACAGAUGCAGGUCCAUGCGGCAGGGACCAUCUCAGUUGUAAACUCCAGGGUGUGAGUCCAUGUACGAUUGCGCAUUUCGCCAAACCAAAAGGAUGUAUGAUUGCACAUGCGCCUGGUAGCGGGCAUACUAUACUAUACAUACAUAAUACUAGCAAUACUCCUACUAACUAACAAAUAGCCCUUUUGCUAUCCUAUACUACGUGCGUGCAAUGAGUACACCACAGCGCCACCGUUGGCGUAUUCUGUAGGAGUAGUUCCCCUGUAUCUGUCCAACAUUGCCGCGAAGGGCACGGCUCACUGGCCGGCUUAAGAGAGAGCAACUCCAACCAGGCCGCUCAGGGUUUCCUUCGUCUCUGCGCGUAUUUAUUGUUCGUCGCCGCGGUGGUUUGGUUUGGAGGAGAUGGGGAUCCGGCUCCACCAUCAAAUCGUGUCUUUAAGCAAGAGGGGAACGGACGGCGCGGAUCGCCCGUCGUCACGUUACAGGAUUCGUGCGCGCAGUGGUAGUACAUGUACAUGUACAGGCGACGCAGCUCCGCUCCGUAGCUUCCUUCCUCGUCGCUGGCUUCAUAACUCGAGGGUCGGGAGCCACCAUAUGCCACUGUGAGCUGCCAGCGCUCUGCGAUAUAAGGCCGGCCGGCCACCUUCGGAGAUUCCUGUGAGUGACUGGGAGUUGACACGAGCGCGCGAGGGAUGGGCCACGGCGUCGCGGCGAGGAAGCGGUUCGGCGGCGUCGGGUUCGCGCUCGGCUGCGGCUGCAAGGACCCCAAGGCCGUGGCCGUCGCGGCGGCGGCGGUGGCCGCCUCGUCGCCGCGCUCCGGCACGGAGGCGUCCACGCCGACCACGGCCACGUCGCGCAGGGCGAGGACGCACCCGUCGGCGUCCACGUCCACGGGCACGCUCACCGUGCCCUCCGCCUCCUCCUCCUUCCUGUGGGAGGAUGCCGACGCCGAUGCCGACGAGGUCGAGUGCAAGCGGGAGAGCUCCGCGACCGCGCCCACCAGCUUCUCCGGCCUGCUGCGCGAGCUCAGCGAGCUCGAGCGGAGCAUCAAGUCGUGCGCGCGGACCAAGAGCCCCCCAAGAAAUCACUUCUCGCCACCGCCACCGCUGCCGCCUCCUCCUCCUCCACCGCCUCCGCCGUUGCCGUCGCGGCCCGUGCAGCGUCGAGCUGUGCGCAGCGAGGACAAGCCCAGCACCAAAGAAGGCCACGGAGACUUCUCGCCGCCGCGGCCGCCGUCUUCUUCGCAGGUUCAAACCCAGCAGCAGCAGCAGCAGCAUCGGAGGGCGAAGAGCGUUGACAAAGUGAGCAGGCCAGAAGGAGACGCGCACUUGACGCCACUGCCACCUCGGCCGCUGCCCCCGCCGCCGCCGCUGGAGCCGCUCCGGAACGCGAAGGCCGAGGAGGAUAAAUCCAAGAGCAAAGAAGACGAGAAGCAGCAGCGCUCGUCGACACCGCAGCCGGCGCCAAAGCACCGGAAAGCGAUGAGCUGCGACAGCAACAACCACAACGGAUUCGGCGGCGGGGGAGGGCUGGACGGGAGCGUGGCGGUGGUGAAGCAGUCGGAGGACCCGCUGAGCGACUUCCGGCGGUCGAUGGUGAACAUGAUCGUGGAGAACGGGAUCGUGACAGGCGACGAGCUCCGCGAGCUGCUCCGGCGCUUCCUGGCGCUGAACGCGCCCCGCCACCACGACGCCAUCCUCCGGGCCUUCGCGGAGAUCUGGGACGAGGUGUUCGCCCCCACCACCGCCAACCGCGAGCCGGAGCAGCCGGCCGCCAGGCCGACGGCGCCCCGGCAGAGGACGCCGCCACGCCGCCGGCAACCCCCGCCCCUGCCGGCGUGGCGCGUGUAGCGACGCGCGUGUACGUACGUGGCCGAUUCCUGCAGUGUAGCUAGCUGCUCCUACUACUAGAUUGCUUCCAAGAAACCGUCGAUCUCGAAUGAUAACACGAAUCCACCUGGUGUCCCUUGUUCGUCUGCAACACACUUACUUUCGUUUGAACGUCCA